AUGGCGCAGGUCAACCUCGCUCCUCCCGCAAUGCCUGAGGGCAAGAAGCGCAUUGCUGUCAUGACUUCCGGAGGUGACUCCCAGGGAAUGUCUGGUGCAGUACGUGCCGUCGUUCGUCAAACAAUCGCCUCGGGCUGUGAUGCAUUCGCCGUUUACGAAGGUUACGAGGGUCUCGUCCAGGGCGGUGACAUGAUCAAGCAAAUGAAAUGGGAAGAUGUCCGUGGAUGGCUCUCAGAAGGUGGAACUCUCAUCGGAACAGCACGAUGCAUGGCCUUCAAGGAGCGCCCGGGUAGACUGCAAGCAGCCAAGAACAUGAUCGACAAGGGCAUCGACGCCCUGGUCGUCUGUGGUGGUGACGGCAGUUUGACUGGUGCAGACAGAUUCAGAGGCGAAUGGCCCAGCCUGGUCGAGGAGUUGGUCAAGAACGGCACAUUCAAGGAAGACCAAGUCAAGCCUUUCAAGCACCUCAACAUUGUCGGCCUGGUCGGUUCCAUCGACAACGAUUUGGCUGGUACUGAUGCCACGAUUGGAUGCUACUCUUCGCUGCAACGUAUCUGCCAGGCUGUCGACUACAUCGAUGCCACCGCUUUCUCUCACCAGCGUGCCUUCGUCAUUGAGGUCAUGGGCAGACACUGUGGUUGGCUCGCCCUGAUGGCUGGUGUUUCCACCGGUGCCGACUUUGUAUUCCUUCCCGAGAACCCUCCUUCAGAGCACUGGGAGACUGAGAUGUGCGACGUUGUCCAGCGUCAUCGCAAACUCGGAAAGAGAAAGACCAUUGUCAUUGUCGCUGAGGGAGCUCACGACCGUCAGCUCAACGCCAUCUCGCCCAACCAGGUGAAGGAUCUGCUUGCUGGCAAGCUCGGUCUCGAUACCAGAGUCACCACUCUUGGUCACGUUCAGCGUGGUGGUACUGCCGUUGCUUACGACCGUAUGUUGGCUACUCUUCAGGGUGUCGAGGCCGUCAAGGCUGUUCUCGACUCUACCCCUGAGACCCCUAGUCCCGUCAUUUGCAUCGUCGAGAACAAGAUUGUCCGCAAGUCAUUGAUGGAGGCUGUCAAGCUGACCCAAUCCGUUGCUGAGGCCAUCGAGCGCAAGGACUUCAAGUCUGCCAUGAAGCUCAGAGGUGCCGAGUUCGACGAGUACUGGACCGCCUACAGCACCACAGUCUCAACUGACAAGGAGGAGCUUCUUCUGCCCAAGGAAAAGCGCCUGCGUGUCGGUAUCAUCCACGUCGGAGCUCCCGCUGGUGGCAUGAACGCUGCCACCCGUGCCGCCACUGCCUACUGUCUUACCCGCGGCCACACCCCCAUCGCACUCCACAACGGUUUCCCCGGUCUCGCCCGCCAUUACAAGGAUGAGGAGAGCUCUGUUCGCGUGAUCAAGUGGCUCGACGCCGAGAACUGGGCCAGCAAGGGUGGUUCGGAGAUCGGAACCAACCGUGCUACUCCGUCUGAGGACUUCGACGGUGUCUCUGAUGCCCUGACUUACCACAAGAUCGAUGCUCUAUUCGUUGUUGGUGGUUUCGAGGCCUUCACUGCCGUUUCCGAGCUCCGCAAGGCCAGACGCGACUUCGACGCCUUCAAGAUCCCUAUCGUCGUUCUUCCCGCUACUGUCUCCAACAACGUCCCCGGUACCGAAUAUUCCAUCGGUAGCGACACCUGCUUGAACGCUUUGAUCGACUACUGUGACGCCAUCAAGCAGUCCGCCGCCGCCUCUCGUCGCCGUGUCUUCGUCGUCGAAACUCAAGGUGGUGCUUCCGGCUACAUUGCCACCAUCGCCGGUCUCUCCAUCGGUGCCGUCGCCGUCUACACACCCGAAGAAGGCAUCCACCUCAAGAUGAUCGCCUCAGACAUCGAGCACUUGAAAGAGCAAUUCGCCAAGGACAAGGGUCAGAAUCGUAGUGGAAAGAUCAUCCUCCGUAACGAAAAGGCCUCCAAGACCUACACCACCGAGAUCAUCGCCAACAUCAUCCGCGAAGAGAGCGGCGGCAAGUUCGACUCCCGUUUCGCCGUCCCCGGACACGUGCAACAGGGUGGUAUUCCCUCACCUAUGGACCGUGUCCGUGCCGUCCGUUUCGGUGUCAAGAGUAUGCAGCACAUUGAGUCCUUCAUCGGCAAGUCCAAGGACGAGAUCGCCAACGACCCCCUGUCUUGCUCGGUUAUAGGAAUCACCGGCGCCAAGGUCCAAUUCUCCGGCAUGGAGAAGGUUGAGAAGGAGGAGACUGACUGGAAGGACCGUCGCCCUAAGAACGAGUUCUGGAUGGAUCUGGUGCAGAUUGUGGAUACUCUUUCUGGACGUCCUCGUCCCAAGAAGGAGGAUGCCAUUGCUGCCGGUCUUCCUGCUUAG